CGUUUCUAAAGUAGAUAGAGGUGAAAGUCGUCGUCGUCCUUCCCUUUCAUUUUUGAUUUCUCAAAAAAAAAAAAAAAAAAAAAAAAAAAUCUGAAAAUUCCUCCGCUCACUCAUUCUUUUCUAUUCAUUUUCCUGGCAAGUUCUAAUCUUUUUUCCUUUUCCUUUUAAUUUUGGAGGCAUGGAUCCUUGGGCACUGCAUGUCAAGAAUUCAACUCAUAGCCCCUUUUGGGUCAGGAACUAUUCAAUGAUUCCCGUGAAAUCAAAUUCCUGGAAUUUUGGAAAAGUUGGGGUAUUCGAGAUCAGGGUUUUGGGGGGGAAGCUCUCUUAUUCUUCUUCUUCCUGCUAUGGGUAUCAUUCGUUGGUUAUCAGAGCCAUGGCUAAGAAGAAUAAUAACGGAAAUGGUGAUCGAUCUAAUCCAGAAGGAGAUGGUUCCAAAGGAAGCAACUCUCCUGAUGGAAAAAGAUCUAAUGAUAAUGCUUCCCAGAAGUCCCAUCGUAUAAAUUGGGAUUGGAGAGAGUUCAGAGCGAAAAUGGUUAUUCAAGAGCAGGCACAGAUUGCAGAGACUGAUGCUGCCAACCACGGUGGGACACCCCAAGAUUCCAAACCACUUGGCCUGAAAUGGGCCCACCCUAUCUCAGUGCCUGAGACUGGCUGCGUCCUUGUUGCCACCGAAAAACUUGAUGGGGUUCGUGCCUUUGAGAGGACGGUUGUUCUCCUUCUCAGAUCAGGAACUAGACAUCCACAGGAGGGGCCCUUCGGAGUUAUUAUUAAUCGGCCACUUAACAAAAAGAUCAAACACAUGAAGCCCGCUAAUAAUGAACUAGCAACCACUUUUGCUGACUGCUCUUUGCAUUUUGGUGGGCCUCUCGAGGCGAGCAUGUUUUUGUUAAAAACAGGAGAGAAGGCAAAGCUUCCUACCUUCGAAGAGGUGAUCCCUGGCUUGUGCUUCGGUGCAAGAAACAGUUUGGAUGAAGCCGCAGCCCUUGUGAAGAAAGGAGUGCUGAAACCUCAGGAUUUCAGAUUCUUUGUUGGCUAUGCUGGGUGGCAGCUGGAUCAGUUGAGGGAGGAGAUUGAAUCAGAUUAUUGGUAUGUGGCCUCGUGUAGCUCGAAUUUGAUAUGUGGGACUUCAUCAGAUUCAUCAUCAGAAAAUUUGUGGGAGGAGAUUUUACAGCUAAUGGGUGGUCAUUACUCGGAAUUGAGCCGAAAGCCUAAGCAAGACAUGUAGGUGAUAGUGAACUACAGAAUUAAGGAAUGAAGUUGCGAAUUAAAGAGAAACAUAUGCAGCCUAGGCAUUGAUGAAGCCGAAUGUACAGAAACUCUCUUAUUAGUCAGAACAUCCCUUUUUCUUUUUGCUCCUUAAUCUUUUCAUUUUUCCCUAAUAACCUUGGUAGUUUAUGGUUCUUGUAUGUAAUAGUACGCCUCUUAUUAAAGUAAAGCAAGUCUCCUCUUUCCAGUUA